CCUACUGAUACCCUUUAUACCUGAAAAACCUCCCCACGAUCGUUGGUUUUUUGACGGAGUUCGUUGACUCUCUUCUGACGACCGUUGGACGACCUCUGGCAGUCUCUUUCUGUCAUUUCCGCUCGUUGAUUCCCUGGGACCACCCCACUUACGACUUUUACUCGCCUUAUUGUGGGAGCGAGGCUGUCGUCCGCCACUAUCGCUGGCGCGUCCCCGUUAUUUUAUACACAGUUUAACAAGGAAAAACCGCCAUCAUGCCGCCCAAAAAGCAGCAGAACAAUGAGCCGAAGAAGAAGAAGACGGUCGACGACAAGACCUUUGGCAUGAAAAACAAAAAAGGAACCCAGGCCAAGAAACAGAUCGCUCAGAUGCAGGCCCAAGCACAGUCCAACAAGCGACCUGACGAGAAGAAGAAGGAAGCCGAGAGACUGCGGCUCGCGGCUGAGAAGAAGGCCGCCGAGCAGGCCAAGAAAGAGGCUGCGGAGCUGUUCAAGCCCGUGCAUGUCCAGAAGGUGCCCUUCGGCGUGGACCCCAAGACCGUGCUCUGCCUCUUCUUCAAGCAGGGCAACUGUGAGAAGGGCCGCAAGUGCAAAUUCAGCCAUGACCCCAACGUUGAGCGCAAGGCGGCCAAGAUCGAUCUUUACACCGACUCGCGAGACGUCAAGGCUGCUGAGGAGGAGACGAAGAAGGCCGACACGAUAGAUAACUGGGACGAGGAGAAGCUGCGCAAUGUCAUUAUGAGCAAGCAUGGAAACCCUCGCACGACGACCGAGAAGGUCUGCAAGUUCUUCGUCGAGGCUGUCGAGAACCAGAAGUACGGCUGGUUCUGGACUUGUCCUAAUGGGGGCGACAAGUGCAUGUACAAGCACAGUUUGCCACCUGGAUUCAUUCUCAAGACAAAGGAGCAGCGGGCCGAGGAAAAAGCUCUCAUGGACAAAUCCCCCCUCAACACCCUGACGCUAGAGGACUGGCUGGAGUCCGAACGGCACAAGCUGACGGGCGACCUGACGCCUGUCAACCCCGAGACAUUCGCCGCAUGGAAGAAGGGCCGCAUGGACAAGAAGGCCGCCGAGGAGCAAGCCCGCAAGGCCAAGGAAGCCACCGGUCGGUCCAUGUUCGAAGCCGGCGACUGGCGCGAGGAGGAGGAGAGCAGCGACGAGGAAGAAGACGACGACGACACCUUCAACCUGGAGGCGCUGCGUCGCGAGACGGAGAGAAUCCAGGCCCAGAAGGAAGAGGAGCGCCUCGCGAAGAUCAACGGCGUCGAGUUACCAGUUGCAGGUCAAGCAGUAUAGGGCUGAGCGCCCGCCUGUUGCCACAUUCCCAAGAU